GAAUAAUUUGGUAGGCUAUGCCCCAAAUAGCUUUAAGCUACGACCAAUAUGGCUGAGAAUUCUGAUUCAGACUGCGAAAGCGAUAACGAAGAGGACGAAGAACUCCAAUUUAUAAGAACCUAUUUACUAUCUAGGUUCUUUCCAACGCAUCUUUAUCUAAUUCUACUAUAAUCCACACCAUGGACCUCGGUGGAUACGUGCUCAUACUUAAAGAAACUGAAGAUAAUAAAGCCAAGCUUUUAGGUUCAAAAGUUGACCGCGCAGACUUUGAAACUGGUGAUGAAAUAUUCGCAAUUAAUGGACAGCAAAUCGCAGAAAUGACCCGUGACGAUUUAUUAUCUUAUCUCUAUCAGUGUAUUGUUACGAGGACAAUUUGUAUGAAUUUAAAACCUCGAGUUAAAAAAGUCGUCACGACCAGCAUCGACUCGGCGGGUUCCGAUCUGGGUCAAGUUCACGAUGCCUUUUUCAUCGGGAUCGAAGACGAAGCCAAAGAACGUUUGGAACGGCUGGCCGCUAGCAAACGUAUCACACCAGUCGACAUUACUAAAUUGGCUCAUCAGUUGAUGCGUCAAUUGCAUCCGACAACUGAACUCAACGAUUUUUUGGACAAUAAAGUACACAGUAGCUGUGUCGGUUCUCCAUGCCCAAUCGAAAACGGCAAUAAAUUAAUCGAACAAUCCGAUCCUAAAUCAUCCAGAAGACCUAGUUCACCAUUCAACAAUGGUCAUACCGAGAUUCUUAUCUGUAAAGAUGGCACUGAGAGUAAUAAUAGACUGAAAAUCGUCGACGAGACUAACGAAACACAAAUCAGGUCUCGUCGCAGAAGUGGCAGCGGAUUGGUUCGCGUGGGUAGCGAAAUCGGUACGCUGGAAAAAAAGCGAGCCGUCGACGACGUGACAGGCGAAACGCUGGACACGAUGGUCAUGAUGACUUCGCUGGACAACGGGCCUCACCGGGAGAGGGCCGUCGACGUGCCGGAUUCUUUUAUUGCGCGCAAAAAGACGCCGCCAAGAUACCCUCCGCCGUCCAGAGCGAAUCGCAACACCGGAACACAGAAUGGUUCGGUGGUAUCGGAGAGACAAUCGGCUCCGCCACCUCCGCCACCUCGGUCUGAUGUGAUCAAACAGCAGCUUCAACAGGCUAGCAUCAACAACAACACGAUAGUCACCAUAUCGUCGACGGAGCCCACUAAGGAGCAGAUGCAAAGCAUUAAGAAGUACCAGGACGCGUUACGAAAGCGAAGAGAAGAAGAGGACAGGGUCGCUCAACAAAAUGAAUUUCUCAACCGAUCGGUGAGGGGAUCGAAAAAACUCCGGGAACUCGAACACGAGCCGUUGGAAACUGGAAUCGUAAACGAUGGGUUUUCGUCAGAACACGACGAGGAUAACACCAUCACUGUAGAAGAACCUCAAGAUCCUUACGAACCGAUAUACAGGGUUGUUGGAUACGGCGAAUUGAUAGCUGCACUGCAGAGAAUACAUUUGCAGCUGAAAAAGAACGGGAUCUAUCUCGGGAAUAAGUCUGAUCCAGACGUAACUGUGAUUCAAAGUCUACUCCUGAACCCGGAAUUCGUCCGAGUGCUGUCUGUUCACAACAAAGUGCAGCAGUUGUGGCCUCCCACUACGACUAAAAGGCCUGUGACUCUUGAAGCGCAGAACUUGGUCAGAGACUGCCUCGAAAGCAUUCAAAACAGUGCUUUGUCUGAAGCGUCGGAACUCGCUAAACUGUUAUCUCAGUACGAAAUUGAAGGUGUACUGUGGGCACACGAUACUAUAUCUCAAGACGUAUUGCCGCAGGACGAAUCCACCACCGAAGUAACAGUUACGUUGCCAGUGAAUGAUCCUUCAAUGUACGAUACGGAACAACAUCCUCCUAACAUCACUAUUAUAAAUAUCGAAAAAACUAAUGAGCCAUUGGGUGCUACUGUUCGAAAUGAUGGUGAUGCAGUGAUUAUCGGGCGAAUAGUGAGAGGUGGUGCCGCUGAAAAAAGUGGGUUGCUCCAUGAAGGCGACGAAGUGUUGGAGGUGAACGGAGUCGAAAUGCGUGGCAAGACCAUAAACGAUGUUUGUGAUAUCUUAUCAGUCAUGACUGGUCCUUUGACAUUCAUGAUUGUACCGAGUGCUAAUAGGGUUUCUUACCAAAACACAAAUGGAAAUAGGGAAAAUUUCAUUAUGCAUAUGAAGGCCCAUUUCGAUUAUGAUCCUGAAGAUGACGGUUUCAUUCCAUGCAGAGAGUUGGGAAUCAGUUUCCAAAAGGGCGACAUCUUACAUGUAAUAUCUCAAGAGGAUGCUAACUGGUGGCAAGCAUUUAGAGAGGGAGAAGAAGAUCAAACAUUAGCUGGUCUAAUACCAAGUAAAUCUUUUCAACACCAACGUGAAGCUCUCAAACAAACUAUAACCGGUGAUAAGCCCGGUAAAGAUAAACCCAAAAAACAAAAUACGUUCCUUUGUGGUAAAAAAAAUCUGAAAAAAAGAAAAAAGAAGUCGCUGUAUCAAGACGGUGGUUAUCCUAUUUAUUCUUCUAAUUCUGAUGAGUAUGAAGCUGAAGAGAUACUAACAUAUGAAGAAGUGGCUUUGUACUAUCCUCGUGCAAAUCAUAAAAGGCCAACUGUGUUAAUUGGUCCACCUAACAUAGGCCGACAUGAACUCAGACAAAGACUAAUGGAAGACCGGGAUAGAUUUGCUGCUGCCAUUCCUCAUACUAGUCGAGCGAAAAAAGAUGGUGAAAUUGAUGGUCAAGAUUAUCAUUUCAUUACUAGGGUUCAGUUUGAAUCUGAUAUUUUGUCUAGGAAGUUUGUCGAACAUGGCGAAUACGAAAAAGCAUAUUAUGGUACAUCAUUAGAUGCCAUUCGAUCAGUAGUUAACUUCAGUAAAAUAUGUGUUCUAAACCUACAUCCACAAUCGUUGAAAAUCCUUAGGAAUUCUGAUUUAAAACCCUUUGUUGUUUUUGUGGCUCCUCCGCCUUUAGAAAAGCUGCGUCAAAAGAGGCUGAAAAACGGUGAACCUUACAAAGAAGAAGAACUAAAAGAAAUCAUUGAAAAGGCAAGAGAAAUGGAAGAAAAAUUUGGCCAUUACUUUGAUAUGAUCAUCAUCAAUAACGAUACUGAAAGAGCGUACCAACAGUUAUUAAAUGAAAUCAACAGUUUAGAAAGAGAGCCACAAUGGGUGCCUGCCACUUGGGUAAAAACUGCAUCAUAGCGUUAGAUGAUAAUUAUUAUUAUUUUUAUUAUUAUUAUUAUUGUUAUGUUGUAAAAAGUUCACAAUGACUGAUGAACAAAAACGGUGCUUACCGAUUUAAUCAAUUGUAUAUCAAGCAUUUCGUUGUUGACAUACACGCUAUACAUUGUACGUAUAAGAUUAAUAUUAUGUGUUAUGUUUGUACAGAUUAAAUAAAGAGAUGAAAAAAGUAAUGUGAUAUAUUACCUUAUAUUAGUAGUACAGUGUUGUGUAAAUGAUGACCAGUAAAAAGCCAUCAACUUUGCCAUUUUAGUAUGUAACUAACUUCCAAAUUAAUGUUUUUCCCUUGAAUCAUCCCCUGCCCACCAUAUUGAAAUAUUGAUUAUAAAAAUGUUUGAAAACUUCUCAUAAAUUUUUAUAAAAUGACUGAGCCCUACUGUUGUACGAACCCUUACAUUAUUGUAUAAGUAUUCAAUAAUUUAUUGUCUAUACCAGUUCAAUUAUUUUUGUGAUUGUGUAUGUUUAGAAUUAUAAUAUUUUUAUUUCUUUGUACACAAGUUGUACGAAAAUCAUGUGAUUUUUACUAUGAUUGCAUUAAAUUACCAAUAAACACUUUGAAAUAUACUCCAAUAAUAUUUAUGAAAUAAUUACAACAAUUUAUUUUAUUUUUUUGAAUUAUAACUGUGCAAUGUAAUAUUAAGCCGGUUAGUAAACGAGUAGACAACGGGUAUUUUAGGAUAUUAAAGAAACAUUUUUAAAUCCUGAAUUUGAACGUCUUAGGCGUGUGUAGACUACUCGGGCAGAUAUUAUACUUUCUAUUCAUUGAUAAAAUAGUAAUUUAUUUAAAUUUUUUCUUUUCAAUGGUUCAGUAUUUC